GCGGCGGUUGCGGCCACUUGCGGACUUGCGGUUUAAAAUACGUCAAAGGCGCCGCUAAUAACUUCAUUGGUGCUGCGAGCCUGCGUCAUUUCAUAACCAACUUAAACAAAGUAUAAUACGUCUAGCUGUCGAAACAAAUCAAAAUGUAUUUCGUAGACAGUGAAGAUGAAUUUGACUUUGAGGAACGGAAUUUUAUUCCUGUCCCAGAUAGUUUGAGGGCUGGGUCAGCUAAUACAUCUGCUUUGUCACCCGAGGUUGUGCUUCAUGAACACAACAAUGAAACUGUAGAAGCCAAGGAUACUUCAACUCAAUGCAUCACAGCAAGUUCUGCUACUGACAUAGAUGGAAGUUGGUCAAAAGAUAUUCUGUUUGAUGCUGUAAAUGAAAAUAGUAAUUGUCAAGUGGCUGUUGUUCCUAGAGAUGUUUCGUGCUCUGAUGCAGUUACCUCUGAGUCUGAGUCUUUGGUAUUGAACUCGUGUCAAAAUAAGCUUGAGAGAAAUGCUGACUUGACCCCUGCAGAUCUAAUGGAAAAGAACAUUUCUUUGUCCAAUGUACAAGCAAUAAAAUGGAACCCCCUACAUGCUGUUGAGGAGUCAAUCAAGGAUGACGGCCCUUUAUCUCUUCCAACGGAUUUCUCGUCAUCGUCGAGGAACGACUGGGUCAGGGGCGUGUCUCUUGCGGGAGAUCUGCCUUCUCGAUGCAGCAGCGCCCAAGGCAGCUACAGCGGCAGAAGCACUCCCGUCUCCUCGUCUCUCAGAGCGGGACGAUCUACGUUGUCCUUGUCGUCCCUCCACCAGCAGCGGAUGCACUCAUCGCAGUUGCUGCAGGAGCUGCGGCAGGCGGCGCUGCAGGGUCGCCCUGACGCCGUCACCAGCGUCCUCAAGACGGGCGUGUGUGUCGACCAGACGCUCAGGCAGGGAUGGACGGCUCUGAUGUUCGCCUGCUCAGCUGCCCAAGUCGAGGUCGUCAAGCUGCUGCUCGAUAACAAAGCUGAUCCCAACUUCCACAAAGAACUGUUCACUCCUUUGAUGGCCGCGUGUGCCAGCAGCGUCCGUGACAAGAAUAUUUCAACUGUCGGCCGCCAUGAAAACAACGAGCGAAAUGACAACGACAGCAACGUAGCUGGAAAUGACGAUGCCGCGAGCAACGUCAUCGAAGGGGCUGUGGGAAGCUCGACGGUGGCUACUACAGGAUCUGAAGCCCGCCUGCUGGUGUGUGUGGAUCUGCUGCUGAGGUACGGCGCGAAUGUUAACGCCGCCGAGCGUCACAAGAUCACGCCCCUCAUGUUCGCCAGCAAAGAGGGCAGGUCGGCCCUCGUGCGGCGCCUCCUCAGAUCAGGGGCUGUGCCGAACGCCAGGGAUAAUAAAGGGUGGACGUCCCUGUGCUGGGCGUGCCACGGAGGGCACGCGGCUUGCGUCCAGGAACUGCUCGCCGCCUCUGCUGACGCCGUCAUCAGCACCGAGCGUGGCCAAACCGCCGCUGACAUCGCCAGGGCCCAGCACCACUUUAAGCUAGCAGAAAUUGUUGAAGCUGCAGCGCUUGGGACUCCAAUAUCAGUACCAGAAUCGAUGCUCAGCAACUCCUCGUCGCCAAGCCAGGAUGCCCCCCAACAGGAGCACUGCUCCGACCUGGACAUGGUGCUUGCUGGCCUGGGGCUCUCUCAUCUCAGUCCACUUUUUGCUAAACACAAGAUCGACCUGGUGGGAUUCCUUCGCCUGAGUGCCGGGGAACUGAGUGACCUGGGUGUCGGGGAUGUGGGUGUACAACACAAGCUACUCUCCGCCAUCGCUGAGAUGCACAGGAAGGCCUGGCAGCCGUCCAGCAUCGCUCCUCUCAGUUCUGCUCCCUACAUCAGCUUGACCGACGCAAUGUCGAUGAUCGGCAACGUGAACAAGCACGUGAGCUUCUUGGAAGCAACUCUCGCAUUCCUACGUCAGCAACUAGAGUCUAGCGCCUCGUCAGAGCAUCUGCAUCACAACACGACCAACUGUUCCAUACAAACGCUCAUCAGCAGCACGCAGCAAGCGGCGGCCUCCAUCAAUAGACUGCACAGCACCACUCUCUUCCUAACUGCGCAUCUUCAGAAGAUAUCGGAAGAUGCUUCCCUCGCCCCCUCUGAUCUAUUGGUGGCAAGCGGUCCUGAUGCUCCCCGCGUGUGGGUGAAGACGGUGGGGGCUGGAGCUGCCGCCGGUGCUCUCCUCAUAGCCGCCCUCUGGUGGUUGCGUCCAUCUCUGGUGUCGUCUUUGGCGGCCGUUGCUGAACCACGAGCUGUCUUACUCGACUGCAAUUAAGAUUAUGUUUCGCAGUUACGUAUGGACCAAGUGUUGUCUUACUCGACUGCAAUUAAGAUUGUUUCGCAGUUACUUAUGGAACACGAGCUGUCUUACAUGACUGCUAUUGAGAUUAUGUUUCGGAGUUACUUAUGGACCAAGUGCUGUCUUACAUGGCUGCAAUUGAGAUAAUGUUUAGCAGUUUUGGUGGACCCUUAGCUUCCUACUGUACUGUAACUUGAAUUAGUAAAAUAGGAAAGUUUUUUUCAAAAGUGGAUAGAAGCUUCUAUCUUUGGCGGAUAGAAGCUUUUCUGGAACGGAAUCCUAGCUGUCUAGAAGAUACUUACUGAAAAUGUUUACACUUUACAGAUAUUUUUGUAGUGUACAGAUUAAGACUUCACUGGAAUGUAGUGGAACCGAAAAUUGGCCUGAUUCCGUUCAGAAAUGGAAGCGGGAUAUUUUUUGUUGAGUUUCCUGACGAAGGAAUUAUUUCUGUUGAAAAUUCGUUUUGACACAGAAUAUGUUUGUUUAAAUUGUGUUCUGACGCGGCAUCGUUUUGGCCCGUUAGUUACCUAGUUUAUGUACUUCAUUGUAAAUUUUGUUUUUAUUUGCUUCUCAGGGAAUUGGAAUGUAUUUGCAGCUCUAAGCUGAAUAUACCGCACUUCUUUAGCAAAAUGUAUUAACGAGGUUUAACUCGUUUUUGUGAUAUUAUUGUAUGCAAUUUAAACAACAUUGCGCAACCAUUUGAAAGGAAAAGUCUUCCAUAGCGAUAGAUUUGUAAUAAUUUACUUUGCUCUGCACUUAUUUUUCAUAACGUAAAACGGAAUAUACGUCCAGGGUUACUAAUUUUUAAGAUAGACUCGAUGAUUUGCAAAACUGUUGGAAGUUGGUCGCAAUUACUGCAGCGUAAUUUUUCUAAAGAUUUUGUUAGGCAACCGUUCUGGUAUUCAUUAGCUAGAAGGCUGUUAUAUCGUGUAUUACGUGAUGAGGCCUUGUCGAAAUUGAACGAUCGCAAGGUUUUUGUUUUUCAUCUAAAUUUUUGACUAAAAUC